CCUUCGGGGAUUUGUUCAGGAGUACUCCGCUUGUCCAACCUACUGAAAAGAAAAAAAAAUAAAUGAGGGUAAGAUACAUCUUUUCAGCCUUGAGAGCACAUUUGCGGUUCACAACGUACAGGUCGGGAAGUGAGCGAAUGGAGUUAAAAUUGACAUUAUGUCCAAUAAAGUGUCAUCUGGAGUGGACAGUUGGGGCCCCAUUAAAAAAAAAACGUACUGUUGUUCUCCGCGUCCUUGAGCAUCUGACAAGUACGUGAGAGACCGGGAACAGUCUUCGCAGAGAGAGAGAGAGAGAGAAAAAAAAACAAGUGAACAUAAACAUCUUACGUCAACUCGGCUUUUCAAUUCCUGGAUGGCAGUCCCCAGUGCAACCUGUUUAACCCCAGAGCUCACUUACCAGCCCGGAUUUGGCCAGAGAGAGAGAGAGAGAGAGACAACACAACACACACACACACACACAACACACACACUGCCUACAGGCAACAACACCGGAUUUAGGAAACACACACACACAACACACCACACACACACAUGUGGGGGCACAACACCUGAUAAAAAGCACUCCCGGGGCCAGUGCUGCGGUCAUUGGGGUAGAGUCGUCGGUCAGUGCACCGGGUGGCAGUGCGACAUACAUACACAUACAUACAUACGCGUACAUACACACACACACGCACACACACACAUGACACUGCAGAACAUGCCCAGCGCCCGCGGCUUCGCGCUGCUGCUGCUGCUCCUCCUCCUCCUCGUCGUCCGCGUCCCGGCGCUGCCGAGCGCCGCGCGGGGCUUCGCGCUGCACUACGCGGUGGACUGCGCGGCUCCGUGCGACGGGCGGACGGCCUGUCCGCGCACCGCGGGCUGCAAGAGGACGGUGCUGGACGACUGCGGCUGCUGCCGGGUGUGCGCGGCCGCCAGGGGGGAGGUGUGCUACCGCACCGUGGCCGGGAUGGACGGGGUCAAGUGCGGACCCGGACUGCGCUGCGCCUUCGACAGCCAAGAGGACGACUUCGGGGAUGAGUACGGGAUAUGCAAAGACUGUCCCUUUGGAACCUACGGCCUGGGCUGCAGGAAAACAUGUCAGUGUAUGCUCGACAUCUGUGACAGAGAGACUGGCAGGUGUCUGAAGUUCUCCUUUUUCGAAAUUCUUGAAGGAAAAUCUGGUAAUCGGCGGAAAACUUCGCUUCAGUCAGAAAACGAGCAAGGAUCGGGAUAUAUCGAUAACGCCUUAAAGCAAGAUUUUCUUAAAGACAAAGCAAACAGUUCGAGUGAGGAGAAGAGGUUAAACCCUCGCUGAAAUUGGUCUGGACAUUAAAAGGAAAGAAAAACAACCUGACUGUAAUUUACAUUAUAACACAAUUGUUCUACAGUAUAUUGUAUUUAAUAAUAUUCACAUGGACCAUUAAAAGUGUUGUUUUGUACAGAACUGUAUAGAUCAGGACAAUUGUUUAUAGCUGCCUUUUAUGGUUUUGUCACACACAUGGAAAAUGCCUUAAAGUGUAUUGGAGGUUUCUUGAUUUCUUUCAUAAUAUUACUCAAUAGCUAAAUUAACAACAUUUCAAGGUAAAGUGGUGAAAGAGUUCUGAACAUUGCAACCUUAUAAUAAUAAUAAUAAUCCUUGUAUAAGAUGUAGCACCUCAUCACAGAACAUACUGUAAAGGGAACUGACUGUAUAUUUUGUGGGUGAAACUUAUAGAUAAUGCUUGGGGGAGAAAAGAAAAUAUAUUCUCUCAGUUCAGCAACUAUAUAUCUGCUAAUGAGUUUGUAUAGAGAGUAAUGAUUGUCACAACCGGAAUAUGCUAUCUAAUAAGAGUUAACCUGUUGAUACAGAAGAGAUUUGUCCCAGAAAACUUCACGAAUGGAAAGACGUGACAUUAAAUCAUAGACAAUUCUCAUCCCUCCUUUACAAAACGUCUGUUUUCCACCGGCCAAACCUGGGGUUAGCUACUUUUGUCAGUCAGCAAUCUGUUUGGAAUGUAUGACCCACUGCAGUGUUAAGGCAGUUUAGUUUGCUAAGAAGUAGUAUAGAGUUUUAUAGAUUUUUCAAAUAUUGUAAAGCAAGGCAUUCGCUAUGAUCUAAUCAUUGAUAAAAUAUGUAUAUUUGUGCGACAGUUUGAUAUUAAGUACUGUACGCACAAUGUUUUGGUUAUUAUUUGUGGGAUUUGUUGUCAUAAGUCCUUCAUGGUCUGAGAUAAAGGCACAACACUGUUAAAAUAUACAGAAAUGUAAAAUAACAAGAUACGUGUCUAUUGUAAUAGGUAUGGUAAGAACAUUACAUAUCUGAACAUUAAAGUAAAAAAUCGUUGUGAAAGACUAUGAUAAUAAAAUAAAAAUUCUCU